AGCUCCAAGGCGGAGAUGCGGCACACGUGCCGCGGCACCAUCAACCUGGCCACGGCCAACAUCAGCGUGGAGGACUCGUGCAACUUCGUCAUCUCCAACGGCGGCGCCCAGACCUACCACCUCAAGGCGAGCUCCGAGGUGGAGCGGCAGCGCUGGGUCACCGCGCUCGAGCUCGCCAAGGCCAAGGCCGUCAAGAUGCUCGAGGAGUCCGAUGACUCCGGCGACGAGGCCGUGUCGCAGACGGACAAGACGGAGCUGCAGAGCACGCUGCGCACGCUGUCGAGCAAAGUGGAGGACCUGAGCACGUGCAACGACCUCAUCGCCAAGCACGGCACGGCGCUGCAGCGCUCGCUCAGCGAGCUCGAGAGCCUGCGCCUGCCGCCCGACAGCACCGACAAGAUCAAGCAGGUCAACGAGCGCGCCACGCUCUUCCGCAUCACCUCCAACGCCAUGAUCAACGCCUGCCGGGAUUUCCUGCUGCUGGCGCAGACGCACAGCAAGAAGUGGCAGAAGUCGCUGCAGCACGAGCGGGACCAGCGCAUCCGCCUGGAGGAGACGCUGGAGCAGCUCGCCAAGCAGCACAACCACCUGGAGCGGGCCUUCCGCGGCGCCACSGUGCUGCCCGCCGGCGCGCCCGGCGCCGCCGGCUCCGCCAAAGAUCCGUGCUGCCCGGCCAAGGGGGACGUGAGCGACGAGGACGACGACAACGAGUUCUUCGACGCGCCCGAGAUCAUCCCGGUGCCGGAGAGCCUGGGUCACAAGCGCACGGGCAGCAACAUCAGCGGCACGAGCAGCGACAUCAGCCUGGACGAGCAGUACAAGCACCAGCUGGAGGACACCAAGAAGGAGAAGAGGACGCGCAUCCCCUACAAACCCAACUACAGCCUCAACCUGUGGAGCAUCAUGAAGAACUGCAUCGGGAAGGAGCUCUCCAAGAUCCCCAUGCCGGUGAACUUCAACGAGCCCCUGUCCAUGCUGCAGCGCCUCACCGAGGACCUCGAGUACUACGAGCUGCUCGACCGGGCGGCCAAGUGCGAGAGCUCCCUGGAGCAGCUCUGCUACGUGGCCGCCUUCACCGUCUCCUCCUACUCCACCACCGUCUUCCGCACCAGCAAGCCCUUCAACCCGCUCCUGGGGGAGACCUUCGAGCUGGACCGCCUGGAGGAGAGCGGCUACCGCUCCCUCUGCGAGCAGGUGUGCCACCACCCGCCGGCGGCCGCCCACCACGUGGACUCCAGGAACGGCUGGACGCUUCGCCAGGAGAUUAAGAUCACCAGCAAGUUCCGGGGCAAAUACCUCUCCAUCAUGCCGCUGGGCACCAUCCACUGCGUCUUCCACUCCUCCGGCAAUCACUACACGUGGAAAAAAGUCACCACCACCGUGCACAACAUCAUCGUGGGCAAGCUCUGGAUAGACCAGUCGGGUGAAAUUGAGAUCGUCAACCACAAGACGGGCGACAAGUGCGUGCUCAAGUUUGUCCCUUACAGCUACUUCUCCCGGGACGUGGCGAGGAAGGUCACCGGCGAGGUGGCCGACCCCGCUGGCAAGGUGCACUUCUUCCUGCUGGGCACCUGGGACGAGAAGAUGGACUGCUACAAGGUGACGGCGGGCACGGGCGACAGCAGCGCCGAGGGGCGGCAGAGGGCCCACGAGGCGGACGAGAGCCGCGUGCUGCUGUGGAAGAGGAACCCGCUGCCGAAGUACGCGGAGAACAUGUACUACUUCUCGGAGCUGGCGCUGACGCUGAACGCGCCCGAGGGCGGCACGGCGCCCACGGACAGCCGCUGGCGCCCCGACCAGCGCCUCAUGGAGAACGGCCGCUGGGACGAGGCCAACGCCGAGAAGCAGCGGCUCGAGGAGAAGCAGCGGCUCUCCCGCAAGCGGCGCGAGGCCGAGGCCGCGCGCGCCUCCGAGGACGGCACCCCCUGCGACCCCUACAAGCCGCUGUGGUUCGAGCGCAAGAAGGACCCGGUGACGCAGGAGCUGACGCACAUCUACAAGGGCGGCUACUGGGAGAGCAAGGAGAAGCAGGACUGGAGCCUGUGCCCGGACAUUUUCUGAGGCGGCGGC